AAUUAAUAUAAAAGUCAAUAAAAUAUUUUAUGUUCGUAUCAUUUCAUGCAUACCGUGUGAAACGAAACGUAAUAAAUUGCGUAGGCCCGUUGACGUCACAAUGACGUCAUCAGUGUUGACAUUUGACAUUUUGGUGGAGAAUCUUUGUUUUUAGUUUGUGAAAUUAAAUAUUAUUAUAGCAACAAUAAACACGACAAUGUGUUAGGAAUAAAGUUAGAUACAAAGUUAGUGUUAUUUUCUUUUAUUUGCAGCAGUUUAUGAUGCUUGCCGUGCAAUUGUUUUGUCAAUAAAAAUAUUUAAAGUUUUCGCACGAUUCGAGUGAGUUUUGGCAAAAAUAUUGGAAAAUGAAGCCUGGAAAGAGUGUGGAUGUUAAAGAGGAGAUAGCAGAGGUACAUACGUCUGCUCGUUCACCGUCUCCAAUACAGAAAAUUAAAAGAUCACGAAGUCGGUCUGGUUCGCGAAAAAUGUCAAACGGUCAUGCCGCUCCUGACGAAACUCCUGUUUCUGAAGAACCUACAGGAGAGAAAUCGAAACGAGACAGCUGGAUUAAAUCUGAACACGAAUCCCUCGACACGGAACUGCCAAUCCAUGAUCAAAUAAAACAAGGAAUCCUAGGUUUCGUUGAAAAAGAAUUAAAAAAUUCGGACAAGAACCCGUCAUUUGUAUUCUAUUCCCAUGAUCCUAAUCAUUUGGAUGAAAAGUUUAUGAAGACUUUGUCUAGACCUUCGAGUGGUCAUAAGGAAAAGCGGAGCCCUUCAUAUCGCAAGAAGAAACGGCAUUCAUCAAGACAUAGGGACCGAGAUCUGCAUGAUUUUGAUAUUCCUGGCUCUAGUCUCAGUGCCUUGGAAAGGGUCGAUGACUACCUCAAAGAGUACAAAAAAGAUGAAGUAGUAACUCUUAGCGGUGAACUAGAGAUUGAGAUGAACGAUGUGGAGAACAAUAACGGUAUAUCUAAGGAACUUCGGAACAAAACUCGGAAGACUAGAAGGAAAGUCAGGGACGAGAGACAGGAGAGCAGUGUCAACGGACGAGAUGUCAGCCCUAAAGUGUUUAAGAGCACUAAGAAUAAAACGGGGACGAAGCCAGUUCGCCCAACAGACUUGACAACCAUGUUGGAAUCUCUAGAGUCCAGUAUGCCUUACCAUGACCAGUACAUAGACAAUCCAUUCUCAUCACCAUCACCACUGACAUCACCCAAUGAUGAGAGACUGGAUCCAUUCGGUUCACGUAGACCGGAGAAGAUAUACCUUCAGGGUGGUGGGACCUUCAGAGCGGUUUCCAGGGAUAGGAUAUUGGAAUCUCAGCAGUCUAGAGAUGGGGAUAAGUAUUUAAGAUUGGGCGACCUAACACCUUUAGACGUGGCAUUGACCCUACAAAAAGCCUGGCGUUCCUCGGCUCCAGCUUGCCAUGGAGUGCUGGGAGGUCUCUCUCUAAUGCACCUGCUCCUCAUCAGCUACUCCGAUGGCUUAGAUGCUGGACACCUCUCGUUCCAUGCAGUGGUCACCAUGCCUUAUGUUGCCACUUAUUAUUUCUUCUGUGUUCUGUGUCUGCUGUCUGUGUUGGAUAGAUUGGAUGUAACAAGCCUAGACCUAACCAGAGGUCUGCAGCCGUACUUCCAGCCUAUCGUCCUGGUGAUGCUAUACACAGCAUGUCUGCUCGUCUGCACGGCAGCCAGGAUGUAUGAUGAGCUGAUGGUCUACCAGUACGCGCCUCUAGUCAAUAAUAUUACUAGCAACAACGUUACUACUCCAACAAUACCAACAUUCUACCACACUUGGACGCAUUUUUCAAUAUGGCGCGCGGUUCUAUCAAUACUAGGCCUGGUAUACUUCAUCAUAUCAAACCCUCAGGAUCUGGUCUUCACUAAUCUAAGCAAGUUAUUACAAUUUAAGCAUUCCCUUCAAAGCAUUGGAUGAUUCUCUUUGAGGUUUAGUUUAAGGUAGGUGCUUAAGUUGAAUGUCUUGCCAUGGAUUUAUAAUCAACAUUACUCAUAAAAUAUAUGUUUUAUGCUUUAUGCACGUAACUCUUGCUAUAACAGUUUCAAACUACACCUGGGGCUCAUAAUUGUGAAACUCGAGUUAAUUCGAGUAAUGCACGUAAAGUGCGUAAAGUAAACAGUUGAACUGUACAGUUUUAACUGAAUCAAAUCAAGAAUGGAUAAAUUUAAAGAAUGGUUAAAUUGUAAGGAGUGUAAUGUGCAUUACUCGAGGUAACUCGACUAGUUUCACAACUAUGAGCCCCAGGUGUGGCUUGAAACUAUUCGAGCUACCUUGUCAAACAGCUACGUGAAUAAACCAUAAAACAAGUCAAUAUUUGGCAACUUGAACCUACUUAGUUAGAUAUUGAGUGAUCUGCCAUUCUUAUUUUUGUUAUGAUUCUUUUGAUAAAGAUAGGUCAAUUUUUGCGUGUUAAUUAAUUCUUUUUAUUCACAAAAAUGCACACGUGUGUUGUAAGUUAAGUUUCAAUGAAUAUUAAGUAUUGCUGGAAAAGGAAGGAAUUUGAGUAUGAUUUUAUUUUCUGUAAUUAUUAAUACUGAUAGCAUUUUAGUCGAAUUUAUGUAAUAAAACCCCUUGAAUCUCGUUUUAAACCAAAGAUAAAUUUUGUAGUCAUAAAAGUAUUAUAAUUUGAAGAAAUGCAAGAAAUAUAAUUUCGAAUGCAAGUAAAAUUUUUGUCUAGUCACAAUUGCAUUUAUUUUAAAGAAGUACAUAAGUAUUUUUUUUAUUUAAGUCGCAUUUCACACAUGCUAGCAAUGCUUGAUAAGUUAGACCAUUACAAAUGUGCGAACUGUCAUACCCUUAGUACGUGUCUGCUUUACGUUUAAUGUAAUCGAAACGAAAGUACGUUCGGUGCUUUGUACUCUUAGUAAGAGUUUGCUUUACGUCGAACGAAAACGAAACGAGUGCGCGUUCGGCGUUCUGAUUGGCCGCCGCGAAAGCAUCACCCAAUGACAGCACUGAACGCGCUCUCGUUUCGUUUUCGUUCAAUGUAAAGCAAAGUCGUACUAACGCUACUGAUUGGCCGGAUCAAAUAAACUAACGAACCAGAGCGCUGAACGUGCUCUCGUUUCGAUUACUUUAAAGGUAAAGCAAACUCGUCUCUAUCUCUCGCUAACACUUGUAUUGUCACAUUCCUUUGACGUAUCAUUGUAAUGGCCCACCUAUAGUUUUAUAAAAUAGAAAUACACAUCCCAGUAAAAUUCUUUAAUGAGAUGCAAAAUAAAGCUUAUUAUUUAUUAUAUUCAUUAUUUAUUUAUUAUAUUAUCAUAAUAAUAGUGUCAACCUUUACAAUAAAUACAUGCCAAAUAUCCAGAAGAAAAAAACCUAUAUUUUUUUAAAACCCAGUAGAAUUCCUUAAACCUCUAUAAAAUUAAGGUUCAAAUCAGCUUUCUUCCUAUAUCAUAUAAUUAUGUAUAGUAUUACUAUAACUCAAAAUAACAUUUAUAUGUAAAGCUAACUGUUUAUAAAUGUUUUAUAAUAAGUAUAAUAUGAUAAAGCCUCGUCUCCACUAGGAUCAUAAAUAUGUCGAACGAUAUGUGUCCCCAGAGACAUCGGACGAUGUCGGGCGACGUCGGACGACAUCGCCACGACAUUGUUGACUGUGCGACAAGGAACAGGGAACAAGUUUAACUGUAUCAAUUGAAGAGUUUUAUGCACACAUGCAAUUAUUACAUUUUAGUUCCUUGAAUCAUAAUUCUCUCUUGCUAUUCCAAUUUACUUUCGAUAUUGGCAGAAUAGUCGACAUCGGUUCAAUUUGCUAUUAAAAAAAAGGAACAGUUUCGACAAUGUCGCGGCAUCGCCCGAUGUCUCCGGGCACUUAUGUUGCUUAAUAAAUGUUCCUAGUAGGGACGAGGCUUAAUAAUAAUAACAUGACUACAUUUACUAUUACAAUCAUUUAAAGAAGUCAUAUAAGAUAACUUUAUUAUUUUUGCUAUUAUAUAGUAGGUUCCACUCGUAUAAUAAGUCAUUUAAAAAUAUAAUAUAUUUAUGAAAAUUCGGCAGAAUAGGUUAUAAUAAUUAUUAAAAAAAAUAUCUAGUCUAUUAUUUUAAGGGACCAUUGCUAUAAGUAAUUGUUUGCGGCAGCUACUCGUUUUAAUUAAAUAAAAUUAUAUAAGUGUAUAUCAAAUUUAUUAGCUACAUUACAAUUAUAAUUUAUAAACACGUGAAAGGAAUUGUAUAAUUUUUGUAUCCAAUUAGAAUUUCGUAUUUAAUUUUAUAUAUUCUCACUUAUCAUUAUGUAAAAUUGGACUGAGUGUAAUUGGAAAGAAAUAUAUAGAAGAUAAUCCAUAUAUGUAAUGAUAGUAAUGCCUAAUUCUAUAAAUUCUUGUAAUAUAAAUAUAUAAAUGAAAUGUAAACAAUAUAUUCAAUUAAUAAUGUUACUGUUCUAGUCUUAAGUCGUUUCCUAAUGUACGCGCCAGUAUUUAAAAUAAUUUUAAUGAUAGGUUUUCUAUGUUCAUUCAUUUCAAUUCUGGUAAGUAUUGAUACCAAAGGUUAUUUAUGCUUUUGCUUUAAGAAAACUUUCUGUUUUGGUUCGUAAGAAGAAAUGUAUUUAUUUUAAACAUAUCAUAUAUUUUUAAGCAACAAUUUUACAUUAUUAACUAAAAAUUGAGAAAAGCUCUACUAAUUUCGAGUCACAGAGGACAUUCGUAGACGCGGUGAAGUCGCGUGGCCUACGUGCGCGAAUCUAGUAGACUUUUCUCCAUUAAUGUACGUGAGUGAACCGUGAUUUUUAGUUAAUUUAGUAUGUUCCACGAUAGUUAUUAUAAAAAUAAUUUACAUUAUUUGUCAGUUUUUUUAGGUAUGAAUGUGAUUUGAAUAUAAAUAGUAUAAUUAUUUAUAUUUACCUGUUAUAUAUUUAUUCUUAUAGAGCAUAUUACAUUAUGUAUCAUACAUUAUAAUACAAAUUAUUAAAUACUGUUCGUAGAAAAAUGUGGAUGUGUGACUGUAUAUUCUGUAUGUGUAUUGUAUUGGUGACUAGCUAGGUACUGUCGCGCGGUUGCACCCGCUCUGCUCGUUGAGGUAACAGGAAGGUUAUAUAACCUUGCCCGAUUAUUGGACUAUCCAACAUAAAAUGUAUUAUUCAAUUCGGACCAGUAGUUCUGGAGAUUAGCGCAUUCAAACAAAUAAACUGUUCAGCUUUAUGUGAUAAGUAUAAGAUUGAUGUAUGUAUGUAUCGUGACUGUUUGUAUGUUGUGUGUAUGGUAUAUACUAUAUGUUUUUAUAGCACAAAUUGUGAUUUACUUUUUUGUUCCUAUGAAUUUAUCAUUUCAAUAACUUAAGUUCGUAUUUUAUUUGCAUUGGAAAUGGUACCAAAUUUUAUAUUAUACUCACUUUAUUGUUAUUGUCAGAAGUAAUAGAAUAAUAAUACAAUUAUUUAUUUAUUAUAAUAUUCUCAGUUAAUAUUAAUAUAAAUUGAAAUACAUUUAAAUUAAGCAAAUUAUAUCAAAAUAAAAUGACUAUAAUACAUGUUUGUUGUAAAAUAAUAUCUUCUAGCUUAUAAUAUGUAAAACACAUAUAAUAUUGAC